UUCAAGCCAGUUGUAAUCCUCUUGUCGAAGGAAUACAAUGUAUAAAUUACUUGCUUGGUUGUGGUUAGUGUGCUACACUUCUGUGAGCGGGGAUUUCCAAAAAGACUGGAGAACAUUGCAUGGGACUGUGGAUUCCCCCGACCAUGUGAUAAACUUGAUUACUUUUGACCCUACGCCUUCAAAUGACGGAUUUAUAAAGAUAAAUAACUUACAUGAUUCUCACAAACAGUUGAUAACUCAUUGGGUUAGUGGAAAAAGUAAAGUAGUCAUAUGUUUGGCUCGAGAUCCGGAACCCCUCAGUACUUCUUCAUCAACUGUUUUCAUAUCCUAUGACAAUGGUGAUAGUUACAUCAAUAAGAAAGAAAGCUUGAAGAUGCCCAAUGGAAGUUAUGCUAUUAUAAAUAAAUUUUAUUGCCAUCCCAGAAACCAAACACAUCUUAUAUUUACCGACACAACAUAUAAUUGGAUAUAUUUAACAAGGGAUUAUGGAAAAACAUUUGAAUCGCAGCAGUUGAAGUCCUCGCCAGAAGAAGUAUCCUUUUAUAAUAUGGAUCCUGAUACUUUUGUGGUUUUGGACAAAAUAUCGGAGAUGUUGGUAAGCCGGGAUUUCGGAAAAAGGGUUACAAAUUCUCUUGACUUCGUCAAUUCAGUUUACUGGAUUAAUCAUAAUCGAAAAGACCACUUAGUUGUACAGUGGAAGGGACCCCAUAAUCAAACGAAUAGCACAUCAAUUUUAUAUACUGACUUUUCUAGAAAUGGAGAAUAUAGCACUGGAGUAAAAGAUAUGUUUUUCGUUGGAAAUUAUUUAUUCACAACAAAAGUUGACGCAAAGGGAAGCUUGACGUUAUUCGCUUCCUUCACAUUGGGAAAACAAUUUGAAUGUGUUUUCGAAACUACAAAAAAAAUUCUCAGCUAUUACGUGGUGGACGUUUCAGACAAUCGAGCCCUAAUUGUUGCCAGCCAUUCGAAUAAAUCAUCCACUUUAUAUGUGUCUGAAGACUUGGGAGGAAUCAACGAUACAAUUCGAUUCACUCCAUCACUUGAGAAUGUUUUCGCGUUCUUUCCUUCCAUCAGCUUCCAAAAUACAUGGUUACCGAAAGUUUCCAAAAACGCGUUUGUGGAUGUCUACAAAGUGCAAGGAAUAAGCGGUAUUUAUAUAGCUUCCCAGCAAAUUCAUCAAUCAGAUGAUAACGUUUUGAAUUCAGAAAAUUUGAGAAGUCUCAUUACAUUCGAUAACGGUGUUUCAUGGCAUUCUAUCGUAGCUCCUCAGACCAAUCAUCGUGGAGUCUCGACUGGUUGCGUGUUAUCCCAGAAUUGUUCCCUACACUUGACUCAAAAAUUGAACGAACUUUCUCCUGAUACAAAAACAACGAGCAUUUUUUCAAGCGAAACUGCACCAGGACUGAUCUUGGCUACCGGUGUUAUGGGAAAUAAUUUGGAAGGUCAACGUGAUGUUUACAUUAGCGUUGAUGCCGGCCUUACUUGGAGGCAAACUCUAAAAGGUAGUCAUCUUUACAGAAUAGGAGACCAUGGAGGCAUUCUUGUUGCAGUUGAAGAUUUCAAGAAUCAUGCCCUUACUAGAGUUAUCAAGUAUUCUACUGAUGAUGGUGAACAUUGGAAAGAAAUCAUCUUUCAAAAUGAUUUUAUGAAAGUGUAUGAGCUAUUGAGUGCAACAGAUGAAAGCACUAUUUUCACUUUGUUUGGUUCACUCCCGGGAAAACACGAAUGGAUGACAGUAAAAAUCGAUUUGGAAAUAGUUUUCAACCGAACUUGUUCUCAGAACGACUUCACAGUAUGGUUUCCCAGGCAGAAUACAGAUAAUAAGUAUUACAUACCUUGUAUUCUUGGUCAACAAAUAACCUAUGAACGGAAAAUUCCUCACGCUAACUGUCGGCAUGGUUUGACUUAUGUUAGAAAUAUCUCCAAACAGUCUUGUAAUUGUGAUGCCGAUGAUUUCAUAUGCGAUUAUGGGUUUAUAUCAACUGACAUUCCACAUCGAUGUAUCCUUGCCAAUCCACUGAAGUAUUAUGAUCCAUAUAAGGUUCCAGCUAACUGCAGACCAGGUCAUUUUUAUAACAGAACAAAAGGAUAUCAAAAAAUAGCUGGAGAUCUUUGCAGUGGUGGUUUAGAAAGUCUGUAUAUGCCUGACAUAGUUCCUUGUUCAGAAAACGAUGCUAAUGAAUUUCUUCUUAUUGGUCAAAGGGAUCGUAUUUCACGAUAUAAUAUUUCAACUGAUAUGAUAGAACAAUUUCCGAUCAAGUCUUUGAAGAACAUUUCAUCCGUGGACUUCGAUAUAACGUCUGACUGUGUGUAUUGGACUUAUAAUAAUACAAUAGGCCAAAUAGAAAAACUUUGUUUGGGACACAAUAAUUUCACGACAACACAGAUUUAUAGAGGGUCGAAUGCUGUUGUAGGAAUAUCUCUAGAUUGGAUAUCAAAAACGCUUUUUUUCAUUAUCGAUGGUACCCGUACAGAAAUACAGUCAAUAAAUGUAAACUACAUCAGCAGAAGCCCAACUACUAUAUUGAACUCUACAGUUUUGAAAAAGCCUACAUGUAUUGUAGUACACCCCAUAGCCGGUUAUAUAUUUUGGGGCGAUUGGUCGGCUGACAAUGCAACAAUCAACAGAGCUGACUCAGAUGGAAGUAACGUGAAGACACUAUUUGGCAGAGAUAAGGUAGAAAUGCCCAGUAGUUUAACAAUUGAUUAUAUGACCAACAGACUUUACUGGGUAGAUCCUCGAAGAAACUAUAUUGGUAGUAGCGAUUUUCAAGGAAAUGGUUUCUUUAAAGUAGCUUCAGUAACAUAUCCAAUUUCGAUCGCGAUUUUGAAGAACAGUCUCUACUGGGGUAGCUCUAAAAGUAGUUCCAUAUCGAAAGCAGACAAAACCUUCUUCGAAAAUGUAGAAACUGUACUAAAACAAGUUUCGGAUAUAAUGAGCCUAAAAGCUAUCUCUAGUAGUAUUCAAACACGUAAUAACGGAUGUAGCAAUUCCUCGUGUCCCUACAUUUGCGUAAGUUUACCUAAAAACAACUUCGCUUGCUUAUGUCCGAAUGGGCUAAUAUUGAGAGACGGAAAAUGUGUAUGCCCUGACCAGGGCCAAUUUACGUGCCGGAAUUAUAAUUGCUUACCCAAUGUUUGGAAAUGUGAUGGCUCUAAUGAUUGUGGGGAUAACUCUGAUGAGGAUCAUUGCGAAGUACCCACAUGUCCGGAUUCUUCUUUUCUUUGCGAUGAUAGAAAAUGUAUUCCCAUGAUGUGGAGGUGUGAUAAUAAUAAAGACUGCAAUGAUGGUACAGAUGAGAUGGGAUGUCCGAAACAUAAAUGUACCGACAAAGAAUUUCAAUGUGAUAAUGGAAAAUGCAUUGACAUAAACUUAAAAUGUAACGGUGAAAAAGACUGCCCAGAUAUAUCCGACGAAAAAAAUUGCACUUCAAAAAAUUUUACACAUUGUGGAACCCAUCAAUUCACCUGUAAAAGCGGAAGCUGUAUACCUUUAUCUGCUAAAUGCGAUCUCGAAAAUGAUUGUGGUGAUUUUUCCGACGAAGUAGAUUGCAGCUAUGAAACAUGUUCCGAAGAGGAAGUAUCUUGUGGGCCUCAUCAAAAUAUUCCAAAUCAAUGUAUUCAUAAAAGUAUGAUUUGUGACGGUUUUCCGAAUUGCGCAAACGGCGAAGAUGAAGUCAAUUGUUCAACAAGAACGUCGAAAUCGAAGGGAUCGAAUAAAACGACUUCAACGUCGAAAUCAAACGAAACCAACCAGGAGAAUUUGAGAAAAACUUGCAGCAAGAGUUUCAUGUUUUUAUGUAAAAAUCAACGCUGCAUCCCCACUUUCUGGAAAUGUGAUGGUUCUAAUGAUUGUGGUGACAAUAGCGAUGAAGAGGGGUGUUGAUUCCUCGAAACAAAUCACCCCGUACUUGAUGAAAAUAAAUGAAGCAUUUCAGUCAAUUAUUGAAUUAAUGAUCAAAAUGUGUGAACUUUCACUGUCGGAGAUAACUGCGUUUAAAUUAUUUUCCAGGUUUGAUGACAGUGUUCUUGUAGUUUUCAUUUCUGACGUUUGGUUUACGACUGCAGUGGACACGUCAGCCAUAAACACCUGCAGAUCACGACCAACAAACCAGGAGUAUAACAUACACAUUGAUGAAUGUAUUUUAAGGAAAUAAGUAUCUGUAAAUACAUUUUUAUGGUAA